GGGAGGCAGAGGGCGGGCGGGAGGAUGCGGCUGAAGCUGGGCUUCCUGCUGCGCGCCGUGCUGCUGGCGGGCAGCUUCUUGGGGCUGCUGCUGCUCUGGUCCUCGCUGUCGCCCCGCGCCGAAGAGCCGGAUCUCCCGGGACGGACGCGGGAUGACAAAGAAGCCAACAGACCCCUGCCAAACAAAGGAGACCACGGACUAGGAAAUGAGAAGUUCAAACCUGUGGUACCUUGGCCUCAUGUUGAAGGUGUGGAAGUGGACUUGGAAUCCAUUCGAAGGAAAAAUAAGGCCAAAAAUGAACUAAAUCAUCACGGUGUUGAUAACAAGCAGCAAAACAUCAUCCAGAGGCAGUAUCUCACAUUUAAACCUCAGACAUUUGUGUACCCAGAUCCUGUGUUACGACCUGGAGUCCUUGGUAAUUUUGAACCCAAAGAGCCCGAGCCUCAUGGAGUUGUUGGUGGCCCUGGAGAGGAAGCGAAGCCAUAUGUUUUAGGACCCGAUUACAAAGAAUCCGUUCAAGCCAGCAUUAAAGAGUUUGGGUUUAAUAUGGUGGCAAGUGAUAUGAUCUCACUAGAUCGGAGCGUUAAUGACUUGCGUCAAGAAGAAUGCAAAUACUGGCAUUAUGACGAUAACCUGCUCACCUCCAGCGUUGUCAUCGUCUUCCAUAAUGAAGGGUGGUCCACACUCAUGAGGACAGUCCAUAGUGUCAUCAAAAGAACACCAAGAAAAUACUUGGCAGAAAUUGUUCUGAUUGAUGAUUUUAGCAACAAAGCACACUUACAAGAGAGGCUGGAUGACUAUAUAAAGCAGUGGAAUGGUCUUGUAAAGGUAUUUCGAAAUGAAAGGAGAGAAGGCUUGAUCCAAGCUAGAAGUAUUGGAGCCCAGAAAGCUAAACUUGGACAGGUUUUGGUUUACCUUGAUGCCCAUUGUGAGGUGGGAAUUAAUUGGUAUGCACCACUUAUAGCUCCUAUAUCUAAGGACAGAACUACAUGUACUGUACCUCUAAUAGAUUACAUAGAUGGGAAUGAUUAUUCCAUUGAGCCACAACAAGGUGGGGAUGAAGAUGGUUUUGCCAGAGGGGCCUGGGACUGGAGUUUGCUAUGGAAACGAAUUCCGUUAAGCCACAAGGAAAAGUCCAAACGAAAACAUAAAACUGAGCCUUAUCGGUCCCCUGCAAUGGCUGGUGGAUUGUUUGCCAUUGAACGUGAUUUCUUCUUUGAACUGGGUCUCUAUGAUCCAGGGCUUCAAAUCUGGGGUGGUGAAAAUUUUGAGAUUUCUUACAAGAUCUGGCAGUGUGGUGGAAAACUGCUGUUUGUUCCCUGUUCUCGUGUUGGACACAUCUAUCGUCUGCAGGGCUGGCAAGGAAAUCCACCCCCUGUGUACGUUGGGUCUUCUCCUACCUUAAAGAACUAUGUCAGAGUUGUAGAAGUGUGGUGGGAUGAAUACAAAGAUUACUUCUAUGCCAGCCGGCCGGAGACAAAAGCGCUACCCUAUGGAGACAUAUCUGAGCUGAAAAAGUUCCGUGAAGAUCACAACUGCAAAAGUUUUAAGUGGUUUAUGGAAGAAAUAGCAUAUGAUAUAACUUCAUAUUAUCCUUUACCACCCAAAAACGUGGACUGGGGAGAGAUUAGAGGCUUUGAAACCUCUUACUGCAUCGACAGCAUGGGGCACACCAACGGUGGCUUUGUUGAGCUUGGGCCGUGCCACAGAAUGGGAGGAAAUCAGCUUUUCCGAAUCAACGAAGCCAAUCAACUCAUGCAGUAUGAUCAGUGCUUAACUAAAGGACCAGAUGGAUCCAAAAUUAUGAUUACACACUGUAAUCAGAACGAAUUCAAGGAGUGGCAGUUCUUCAAGAAUCUGCACAGAUUUACUCACAUUCCAUCAGGGAAGUGCUUGGAUCGCUCCGAAGUCCUCCAUCAAGUUUUCAUUUCAGAGUGUGACUCCAGUAAAGCAACACAAAAAUGGGAAAUGAACAACAUCCUUAGUGUGUAGACAGACAAAACCUACCUACUGACGCAUUCAUUUGUACAGGACUGAAAAAAGCCUGAAAACUGCUGCAGUUAUUAACUUUGUACAGUUGUGAGCCUCCUGGCUUGGAUGAAGGACAUAGAGGAACUGUGAUUAUUACAAUAACAUUAUCAUCCGCAGUUAAUGUUUACAAAACUGCUUUACCUUAAACUCUGUAGAUGUUUACAUCAUUUUGUUUCAAGAUGUUGGUAAAUUAAUGUGCUGUUAGCUAUGGUUCAUAGGAACAUAGUUAAAAGCGUUGUCGUCUUCUUUGGGAUUACACUCAGGGGUCUGAAGGCAGUUUUUUUACACACACUUGAAAAGGUUGGAGUAAUCAGAUUUUCAUAGAACUUGGUGAUUAUCAACCUGUUGUAUAUUUUUAUUUAAUUUUACAUCUUACUAAGCACUGCCACAGGUUAUUAGCCAGGGUGGCCUUCUCUCACAGUCAUGCUGCUUUUUUGGAAGAUGAAUUUCGACGUAUUUAGUGCCUCUUUCAUUUCUCUCUUUCACAAGGAAAGCGUUUGUUGGAAAUCUACAGUGGGUUGUUUUGAGCUGUCACCAGGGGUAGGGACCAACUGUACCACCCCAUGUAAUUACUGUGCUAACAAAGAAAAAUUUCUAUUGCCAGGUUGGCUGCUCUGCUUUCAGCCAAACGCUUGGUACAGUGCAAGGAAGACUGUAGAGUUUAGUGCUAAUGUGGUACAAUUUGAUGGAGGUAAGCACCCUCAUGAAUCCAGUUAAGGAUUUAUAAGCAUUAAUUUGCUUGUUUAAACCAUGCCUUACAUAAAAAUAAUUAAAAUAAGCAAAACCAACAAGAAAAACAAACAAGCUACACAAUUAUGUAGAACUUUGAAAGAAUCAAAUACUUCAUUUGUACUGCUAUUUUGAAUGGACAUCACUUAGAGGUGGACUAAAACUUUUAAUUAGGAAAAAAAAUCCAGAUACUUAACACAUCUGCAUAAUUUGUCACAAGGACAUCUGUCAGCCAGUUUGGAUGCUAGAUUUAGAUUCAAAAAGAGAAAUGGAAAUCCUGUUUGUACACUUGUUCGUACUACUUUUCUUGUUAUUUCUGUCAUUUACAACUUCUCCAGAGGGAUUACAAACCCAACAAACCCAACUGCUUGGUGCUAUAGUGUUCAGAGUAGAAUGUGAAGAAGUUGUUUCUAAAAAUGUUCUGGAAAGGAGUUGAUUUGAGAUCCCUUAGGAGUAUAAAUAUUUACUCUGAAUGAAUAGAGAGGUGGAGAGGAAAUGACUUAACUUCACUUCAUUUGUCCAGAUUUUGUGACUUAAAUGUUGACAUCAGUGUACUGAUUCCAUAACAGUUACCCCUAUAACACAUCCCACGAUUAAGUAUGACUAAAUACUUCCCUCAAGUCUAGAAUAGCAUUGCAUGCAGCUUCCGUUGAUGUUAACAAGGGUUAUGUAUCAUAUUUGGUGACAGAGUUGGAUCUUAAUAGAUCUGUCUGCCCUGAUCUAUUAGUUUGGGAUCUUUCCUAGUUUCUUUAAACUUCUCAUCUAUACUUUCAGAGCUAUGAAAAGUAGAAAAUAAAGGAGGGAGAAACUGGAAAAAAAAAAAAAAAAAAAAAGGAAAAGAAGGUUUUGUGCCGGUACUUGUUCCUUGUGUGUGUGAAAACUGACUCCAUUUGUGUGUUGGGUAGAUUAAUUUAAUCAUACAACUAUGCAUAAGAGAAAGAAUGGUGGCACAUAAAUUGUGCAGGUGUGCAUUUUAAAUGGGUAUUAUGUGCAAUUCAUUGAAAGCUGAUGCUGUAUGUGAAUACGAAUCUGUAUGUGAGACUGAAACCUUACAAAACAUGAGAUCAUAAAAAGCUGUUGCUGUAAUGACUUUUUCCUACUAUAGCCGGCUUGGAAAAAAAUAAUUCCCAUAUUCUUGCUUUGUAAGUUGAUGAUAAUGUCACUAUGCAUUUCUACAUAUUUUAUAAAUUUGAUUUAUGCAGAUUUUGAUACACUGUAUGUUUCUGUAGAAAUUGUAUAAAUCUUUAAAAAAUUUAUUAGGGAUAAAUCUGGGAAACCUAUGUAUAUCUUACUCAUGGGUUGCUUGUUUUUUAGGUGAAGUAAAUAAAAUAUUUGAAUUUUUUUGUUUUACUAUA